CCCGCGCCGAGCCGCGCCGGGCCCGGCCAUGGCCCCGGAGGGGGCCGCGGUGCGGGUGGCGGUGCGGGUGCGGCCGCUGCUGCCCAAGGAGGUGCUGCGGGGCCACCGGCCCUGCCUGCGGGGCGACGCCGCCACCGGGGAGGUGGCCCUGGGCCACCGCCGCCGCUUUCGCUUCGCCGCCGUGCUGCCCGAGGCGGCGGGGCAGGCGGCCGUGUACAGCGCCUGCGUCCGGCCGCUGCUGCGGGCCUUCUUCCAGGGCUUCAACGCCACCGUCUUCGCCUACGGGCAGACCGGCUCCGGCAAGACCUACACCAUCGGCGAGGCCAGCGUCGCUUCCAUCAGCGAAGAUGAGCAGGGCAUCAUCCCGCGAGCCAUGGCUGAGACCUUCAGGCUCAUCGACGAGAACGACCUGAUUGACUACACAGUGCGGGUGUCCUACCUGGAGGUGUACAAGGAGGAGUUUCGGGACUUGCUGCAGGUGGAUACGGCCAGCAAAGACAUCCAGAUCCGGGAGGAUGACAAGGGGAACAUCGUGCUCAGCGGCGUGAAGGAGUCAGAGGUGGAGGGGCUGGACGAGGUGCUGAGCCUGCUGGAGAUGGGCAACACAGCCAAGCACACGGGAGCCACCCACAUCAACGCGCAGUCGAGCCGUUCGCACACCAUCUUCACGGUGACGAUGGAGCAGCGGCGCGGGGCCGGCCGCCUCACCCGCCUCGCCCUCCACAACCACCCCUCGGUCCCCGCCUCGGGCCAGGUCCUGGUCUCCAAGUUCCACUUCGUGGACCUGGCGGGCUCAGAGCGAAUUGUGAAGACUGGAAACACGGGGGAAAGGCUGAAGGAGAGCAUCCAGAUCAACAGCGGGCUGCUGGCCUUGGGCAACGUCAUCAGCGCCCUGGGGGACCCUCGGAGGAAGAGCAGCCACAUUCCCUACAGGGAUUCCAAAAUCACCAGGAUCCUGAAAGACUCCCUGGGGGGGAACGCCCAGACUGUCAUGAUAGCCUGUGUCAGCCCUUCCUCCUCCGACUUCGAUGAGAGCCUCAACACGCUGAACUACGCCAGCCGAGCUCAGAACAUCCAGAACAAGGCGGUGGUGAACUGCCGCAAGGAGACGGAGCACGUUGAGGAGCUUCACCGGCAGAUAAAGAACCUGCAGAAGGCGCUGGAGCAGCGGCACCGCUCGGAGACCCGCAUCAUCAACCGCUCCGACACCACCAAACGCGGCGCCCCAGACCCUGCGGCUCGGCUGCUGGCUGAGUGCGCGCACUACCGGACCUGCACGGACGCCGCGUACCGGCUGCUGAUGGAGCUGCAGGAGGACAGCAACCUCACGGUGGAGCAGAUCCUGCGGGUGAAGGAGUGGCUGUGCGCGGUGGAGAGCGAGAGGAGCGAGCUGACCUCGGCCGGGCUGGAUAGCGGCAUCGAGAGCACCUCCGCGGAAGAUCAGAGCCUCGAAGCUCGAGGCUCAAAGCUGGCAAAAGCCCAGGUGAACACAGAGAAGGGGUGUGAGUCCAUCAAAGACGAGCAUGUGGCCAAGCUGCAGAGACAAGUGGAGCGCCUGGAGGAGGAGAACCGUGACUUCCUGGCUGCCCUGGAGGAUGCCAUGGAGCAGUACAAACUGCAGAGUGACAAACUGCAGGAACAGCAGGAUAAGAUCUCCGAGCUGCACGUGCGCCUGGAGAUGGCCAUGCCAAACCUGUGUGUGCCAGAACUGCUGGAAGACCUUCACCUGGUCACUGCUGCCCAGAGGCCUCACACGGCCCCUCUGGCUGCUGCGCAGUCCCACGGCCUCAGCGUGGUUCCCUCGGGGCUCCUUCCUGCCGAGCAAAGUGGAAGGGUCUUUUGUAGGAAGGACGAGGACCUGGCAGGCUGUCACCCGAAUCACACGCAGCGUCCGCCCAGCAACGCAGAGGUCAAAGACACGGUGCCGAGGAGGGAGCUCAGCCAGGACGCAAAGAAGCUGGCAGAGCUCUCCUCAGAAGACGAGGAAGAGUGGGAACAGAAACAGUCCCUGUGCCAGCGCCGAAAUGGGAUUCAGAGCUGGAGCAAGAGGGAGGCGUGCAGCAAGUUGAGCGAGGAGCUGAGCGGAGGCAAUCCCCGCCUGAUUCAGGAGGAGCAGCUGGAGCUGCUAAAAGAGGCCUGCAGGAGGCGGGAGCGCCUUCCAGGGAAGGACUCGGAGUGGAGGCUGGUGCAAGCACAGCAGAAGAUCCGAGAGCUGGCCAUCAACAUCCGCAUGAAGGAGGAGCUGAUCACGGAGCUCAUUAAGACAGGCAAGGACGCGCAGGCCCUGAACAAGCAGUACUGCCAGAAGAUCAGCGAGCUGGAGCAGGAGGCAGAGCAGGUGCGGGCCGAGCUGAGCGACAGCCAGAAGCAGCUCCAGGAGCUGGAGGGCAAAGAGCCGUGGGACCCCGGGGAGAAGCGCAAGCUGCAGGAGUACCGCACGCGCGUGGCAGCUGCCCAGAGCAAGGCGCAGGUCCUGUGCAAGAAGAAGCAGGCGACCGAGAGGCUGGUGUCGCUUUCGGCCCAGAGCGAGAAGCGGGUGCAGGAGCUGGAGAGGAACAUCCAGCUGAUGCGGCGGCAGCAGGGCCAGCUGCAGCGGCGGCUGCGGGAGGAGAGCGAGCAGAAGCGGCGGCUGGAGACGGAGAUGAAUAAGCGGCAGCACCGCGUCAAGGAACUGGAACUGAAGCACGAGCAGCACCAGAAAAUCCUGCGCAUCAAAACGGAGGAAAUCGCAGCUUUCCAGAGGAAGCGGCGGAGCGGCAGCAACGGCUCGGUGAUCAGCCUGGAGCAGCAGCAGAAAAUUGAGGAGCAGAAGAAGUGGCUGGACAUGGAGAUGGAUAAAGUUCUCGAGCAGCGCCGGGCCCUAGAUGAGCUGGAGGACGAGCUGAGGAAGCGUGAAGCUAUCGUGGCUAAAAAGGAAGCCCUGCUGCAGGAGAAGAAUGGCCUGGAGAGCAAGAGACUGCGCUCCAGCCAGGCGCUGACAGACGACAUAGUGCGCGUGUCCAGCCGCCUGGAGCACCUGGAAAAGGAGCUGACUGAGAAGAACGGGCAACUGCGUCACGGCAGCGCCCACGACCAGCAGCAGAUCCGCCAGGAGAUCAACAGCCUGCGCCAGGAGAAGGACCAGCUGCUCAAGCAGAGGCUGGAGCUCGACAACAAGCUGCGCCAGGGCACCCUGCUGUCCCCAGAGGAAGAACGGAUCUUGUUCCAGCUGGACGAGGCGAUCGAGGCGCUGGAUGCAGCCAUCGAGUACAAGAACGAGUCCAUCACGUGCAGGCAGCGAGUCCUGCGGGCCUCGGCCAGCCUGCUGUCCCAGUGCGAGAUGAACCUCAUGGCCAAGCUCAGCUACCUCUCCUCCUCCGAGACCCGGGCUCUGCUCUGCAAGUACUUUGACAAGGUGGUGACGCUGCGGGAGGACCAGCACCGGCAGCACAUCGCCUUCUCGGAGCUGGAGAUGCAGCUGGAGGAGCAGCAGCAGCUGGUGCACUGGCUGGAGGUGGCCGUGGAGCGGCAGCGCCUGGAGACGGAUCGCCAGCUCACCCUGCAGCAGAAGGAGCACGAGCAGAACAUGCAGCUGCUGCUCCAGCAGAGCCGCGAGCACAUGGACGAGGGGCUGGCCAGCAGCAAGCUGCAGUACGAGGGGAGGAUUCAGGUGCUGGAAAAGGAGCUGAGCCGGUACGUGCGGGCGAACCAGGAGCUGAGCCAGAGGCUGAGCAACUUGAGUCUCCAGGCAGGAGGGACCAAAGGCAUGGAGAGAAACGCGCACGGGGCUGGGGACAGAGCUCCCCCCGCACUCGGGACCUGCGAGGAGCCCAGCCCUGGGGAGCUGCCCGUGCCUCUGGCCGCCGCUGAAGAAAGCCAUCGCGUCCGGGAUGAGAGCAGGGACCUGGUGCACGCCCCUUUGCCAUCGACCUGGAGGCGUUCUUCCCUGCCCAACGACAGUCCCGGGGACCCGCGGAGGGACGCAGAGCACUUGCUCAGGGCAGGGCAGCCCCACGAGGUGCAGCUGCCCCGGGGCCUCCCUCCUGCCAAGCCCCGCUGGGAGCCCCGCCGAGCCAGCCUGAACGUGAGCCCCAUGCCUCACCAUCCAGCCAUGAUCGACGUAAGGAAAAACCCACUCUAGACGCAGGCUUCACGCUCCCCUGGCACGGGGCAGGAAGGAGCAGGUACUGCUGACAGGAGCUUAAGGGCCUUUCUGCCCCCUACGCCAGCCUGGCUACAAUGCCGUUACAUUUCAGAUGCCCAAGGAAGACAACGACAGGCCUUUCAUACGGGAAACAGGCGUGCGAGGCGCAGGACAGCCAGUUUACACGCUGUGUUGCUGCCACGCUGGACGGCACCGACCCAACGCCUUUCCUCCUGCACCCUCCGCAGCUUGAACACGGGGAAGGGGGAAACGCCUCCCACCCUGGCCUCUGACACUAAAAUCUUGUUUACAGUUUGGAAACCUCUGCCGCAGGGCUUGCUCAGCCCUAGCAGCCUGAGGGCGAUGCGCAGCAGUUUCAGAGAAUUUGUAAAUAGGUUUUUGUAGUAACUUUUUGUAACUUUUCUAAUAAAGCAGAGUGAGUUUUAUGAAGCA